GAAACCUUCUCUGGAAAAAUUACGGGCAGCAGCAACCUAAGCAAGUCAGUCUCUCUCUCACUCUCUCUCUCCCUGCUCCAUGAUUUUAUUCUUCUCUAUUAAUCUCGUACUCCGCAUCUAUCAUCAUCAUCAUCUCGAGAUCCGACGGCCUACAAUGAUACUUUUCUCUCUCUUCUCGUUUUAGUCCUCCCUUCUUUCUUUUCCCCGCAGAUCUCCCUCCUCUCCCAGAUCUCCCUCAUCCGGUCUUUUUUUUGUUUUGUUUCCGUACGAAUGGAGGGUCGCCACCACGGUCCAGUGACGGUAGCGGUUAAUAGUAAGGGCUCGCUAACGUGCGCUGCGGAGGCGCUCGUGGCUCUUUUGGUGUCUGCUCUCCUCAAAACUCGAGUUUUAACUCCUCAGGAUAUUUUUGGGGCAUCGAUGUGUACCAAACCUAGAAUCAAGGGGGAUGUAGAAGCCCAAGGUGCAGUGUUUGAUGCCGAUGAUGCAAAUGAAGAUGAUGGAGAGGAGGAGGAGGAGGAUGGGAAUGGUGCAUUUGAUGAAGGUGAAGGUGAAGGUGAAGAGGAGUUGUCGUCUGAGGAUGGGUAUGGCAAUAACCCCAACAACAACAAGGGUAACUCAAAGAAGGCCCCUGGUGAUGCUCCUGGUGGUGGAGCUGAGGAGAAUGGAGAGGACGAAGAGGAUGGGGCUGGUGAAGACCCAGACGAAGAUGAAGAUGAAGAUGACGAUGAUGAAGAGGACGACGAUGAUGACGAUGAUAAUGGGGAUGAAGAUGAGGAUGAAGUUGAAGAAGUAGAUGAGGAUGAUGAUGAAGCACUUCAGCCGCCAAAGAAGAGAAAGAAGUAAAGUAUGAAAAAAAAUGGUAGGGGCCUCCUAGCAAAAAUACUGUGUUUUCUAUUAGACUUAUUUUCUCUAACUUCAUGGUUUAUAUACUUAGCUUACGAGGAGGCCAGUUUUAGGACCAUGCUCAUGCUUUUUAUCUUAUUUUCCUCGCACGAAUUUGAGUACUGUAGAAAUUCGAGCCACGGCACCGAUUAAAUCUAAAUAAUAAUCAUAAUCAUGGUUAUUAUUUUGUUGGCUACUCUAAUCAGUUUUAUCUAAUGCCAUGUUUUUUGGUUCAAUGUUGAACCAGCAAGAAAA